UGACCGGGGAGGUUUCACUAGCUAUGCAAAAUCUCUGUGCGGUCUCCUCAUUGCCCUUCGUGUAACGCCUGGCCGUCUACACAAUUUUCAUCGACCUUGACUGCACUGUUAAGUGAUCGAGAAACGAACAUGCAGUCGCUAAAACAAGUAGCCAAAUGCAGUGUGAUGUGCGCCAGGAAUGCCACCACGGCUGCCGCACCGAAGGCCGGAGCAGCGUCGAGCCGGCGCAUGAAGUUUCCUUACACAUUCACGGCCAAGCUUGUGCAGUUCCCUUACAAGUUUCACUACAACAACAUGUGGCUCAUCAAGUUCAUGGUGCCGGCCUGGAUCCUCUACAUGGUUUUUAUUGUGAGGCCCAUCCAUAAAGCAGUGAACUCCCCUGCGGCUGUCGCUGCUCACAAGGAACUGAUGCGAAAGCAGGCGCAAGAGCAUGCGCACGGCCACUAGGCGACGCUGAAGGACGCCGACAGUUAGAAGCUAGACACAAGUCAUCAAUAAAGGGUUCUUUUCGUUCUA